UACUUUAUUAUCUCUUGUCAGAGCGUGGUGUGCUUCUGUAACAUGGAGCAGUGGAUGAGUGUUUAAUGCUCUUAACGACCCCAGUGUUUAAUGGACAGGCUCCACUCUGCACUGGUAAAUCGUCCUGCUCCGUCUGCUCCCCUUUGUCCUCAUGUCGUUAGACGCCUGCCAUCUGCUCCAUGUUAUUAUUAUAGGCGGAUUUAGAUGUAAAGUAGCUGCUGCUCCCUUUCGCCCACAUUCAGCCCAGGAGCUGGUGCUGGACAUGUUGCACCAGGUUCGGUUUGUUUGACUGUUUAUUUCUCACAGAGCUGAACUUCGCCUCAUUCUUAACUCCACGGUGUACGGUUGCCUGGUGACGUCAGCGUCCCAGCACAGAGUUCCUUUUUCUUUUCAUCAUCAGCAGCAGUGUUAGCUUUAGCAUUAGCAGCCUGCGGAGAGACAUCAGCCAGGAUGCUUUUCACUCUCAGCCCGGACUGCUGCUCAGGACUCCGCCUGAACUUUGCGCCCGGAUCCCUCCGCCGCAUGUGAGGGUGUGAACCGGGCGAUGCUCCGAGGAGCCGCGGUGCUGAGGAGAAGCCGACGAUGAGAACGUGGACUCCGGAGCUGAGACUGACGAGUGAAUCAGACUGCAGCGGGAUGUCGUCAUCUGCCAUUGAGCUCACGACCAGGCGGGUCAGGCCACAGCGGCAGCAGCAGCUCCUGCUAAUGAAUUUGCAUCUUCUAGCCAACCCCGGAGACUCUCUGCUGCUGCAGCACACACUGGACCGCCUGCUGCGCUGGCUCUGCCCAAGCCUCCGCAUCUUCCAUGUGUCAGAGAGGGCCGCACCAUUCAGAAGUUACACCCGCCUCUGUCCCGUGGCAGGCUACCCGUCCAUGGCCAUCACUUUCUUCCUCCAUGAGGCCUACGGCGAGGAGCGAAUCCUCAAAGUGCUGGACUUCUUCCAAAGGCCUCCGUGGCAGUACCAUCACACAGAGAGCUGCGGCAACCGAACCGGGGGGAUUCACAUCACCUCCACCAGCUCCCCCGCCAACGCCCUGCUACAGCCCUACCUCCUGCCCAGCAGAGACUUCUAUAGUUUGGGUGCGGGGAUGCCUGUGUGGGGGGUUCGACCGGUGCACUGCGGGGGAGAAAUACUGCGUGUGACACUGUACAGUGGAUAUGACAACUAUGAGGACGCUGUGCGGCUGUACGAGACAGUGCUGCAGCGGCAGGCAGAGGAGCAGAAGGCCGGCUUCUGCUGGUUCACGCUCCACACAGAGCCAGGGUUGUGCCUGCAGCUGGCAUUAAAGCAGUUGUCACCGGGGGUGCGGGUGGAGCCGUGCAUCUCCGCCGUGCUGCAGUUCAGUGUGGAUGAAAUUGGACAGCUGGUCCCACUGCUGCCUAACCCCUGCACACCCAUCAGCAACACACGCUGGCAAACUGAAGACCUAGAUGGCAACAAGGUUCUUUUCCAGGUGAAAAUGCCAGCUCAGCCUCAGCGACCUCUGACCUGUGCUUUCCCCCCGACCUGCCCCAGCGUAUCCCCUCGGGGAAUCCAGCUCAGGAGCUCGACACAGGGCCACAGCCUGUCGCCCUGCAGCCUCACCACCCCCCUGCCCUGGCAAACGCACAGGCAAGGUCACAGGCCUCUCCUGGACAAGCAUCAUGGAGGAGGAGGAGGAGGAGGAGGUGGAGCAGAGAGCCUGGGAUCAGGUAGUUGCUGCAGCACCCCUCCAGGCAGCUCCUGUUACUCAUCCCAGCACAGCAGCCCCGCCCCGCCCUCCUCCUCCAAUCAACCUGACUCUCCUCAGCGCCCCUCCAUCACCCACUCGCUCUCCCAUCUUCUCCUGGAAGAGGACGAGGAGGAGCCAGAGACCAACGUAGACACGGGAGUUCCCAUCUCACCUUGCUCUGAUGCGACGGUCAAAACCAUCACUCGCUCCGCCUCCGUAGACCUUUUAAUGACUUUUCACUCGGACAGACCUGCAGCCGUUGGGGCUUCCGCUGUCGAGAGUCUUGCCAGGGAGUUGAGGGAGUGUCUGCCACAGACACUCACACUGCCUCGGGGCCCCUCCAGGACGAGGGGCUCUGCUGGUUUUACAAAUGGAGGCAGGGAGGGUUGUAACAGCAGGACUGGCGAAGUAGGACAGAGUCCCUUCAAAGGGCCUGUGGUUGAGAAUAGGACUACUGCUGCACUGCUAUCAGCACGCACAAACAAUGAGGAGCCAGUAGAUGAGUUCUUCAUCUAAACUCCUGCCCCUGUGCCACAUGCUGUGCUAAUAAUCACAGUGCUAUUACAAACAUAUCACAUGGAGAAGAUGAGAAGAGGAUCUGAAGUUUAACAGGAGGACAUGUCGUGUUCUGGAAACCAAAGUUCAGCUGCACGAGUAUCUUUCCACUCCAGAGUCUUUAUGUAUAAACUCUUUAAAUGGUUUGACUCGUCCCACAUGUACAGUAACAAGAUGAGUGCUAUAAAGGUAAUAAGACUGUUAAAUAUCUUAUUACCUUAUAUUUUACCUUGUUGAAGAUUGUUAAUUGUCCAUAUUACUUUUAUGUAGAUCAUACAAACGAUCUGUGCAGCUAUUGCUCUAACAUGUAGCCCGGUGAAUAGUUAACAUGAAGGUUAUGUUUUGAAUGUGUUACCGUCAGCGUUGUAAUGCCAGUUUAGUUCUUUGUGACAUUUCUCAGAUAGGCAAUUUUUUAUUUUUAGAUUACCUUUAAAACAGAUAAUGAUCUUAUUGUGUAGGAGCUCUUUGUUGAUGAGGAUUAGAAAUCGGAUUUAAUCUGAUUACUCUUCACACUGCAGCACUGUCAGUCUGUCACAGAACAGAACUUUACCUUUUACCUUUAACCCAGUGGCUUUUCAUUGCAUUUGUUUAAAUGCACAUCAAAUGAUCAUUGUUCUCGUAUUUGUGUUGUAAAGUAGACAUGAUGGGCCAAAUUAUUGUUGGGAAGUACAUUUAAUUUUCACAGAUUAUAAUGUUUUCCUCCGCCCACUGCUGACAGGGAUUUUUAAAUGACCAGACAAAAGAACAUUUUGAUAUUAACCAUUAUUAUGUAAGGUGUCUGAAAUGUGUGCUCAGCCUGAAGCCUGAGAAAUGUUAAUUACUGUAAGUCUGCAGUAAACGGAGGGAUCAGCAGAGUUUAUCCUAAGUGAAAACUUAAGAUGCAAGUAUUGGACUGAUCGCACACACACAACAGAUGGCAGCAGAAGACACAAACACUUUGCACAGUGCACAGCAUCAUUGCAGUGAUUAAUGCUGUUUAGAGACUAGUCUAAUUAAAGAUUACAUUCUAUUAGGUCUGGGGGGGAAGUUAAAUAAUUUCUCUCUACUUUGGUUUCGUCUCCUACACACAUUAUGUUAAAACUUUCCCUGUUGACUUAAUCUGUGGAUUGUGGCCAGUGUCUGAAUCAAAUGCACAUGAGUGAAUAUUGUACAGUAUGAGCUGCUACUGGUCAAUAUGAUAUAUGACAGUGGAUGUGCAGGGCAGCUCCAACAUGUGAAUUUGUUUACAGUUAAUGGGUUUUACUGGAAAAAGGGAAGAAUGCUGAGUAAGGAAGAAUCAACUGUGACAAUGUUCAGAGUCUCAAAUGUUCAGUGAUGCAGAGAAAUUAUUUUGGACCAAGAAUAAAAGGCAGUUAAAGAAAA